AUGACAUCAAGAUAUAGAGUUGAAUACGCCCUUAAGUCUCAUCGUAGAGAUGAAUUCAUUGAAUGGAUCAAGGCUCUACUUGCUUGCCCAUUUGUGUUGCAUGCAGAUAUUGAGAGUUUUGAUACUGAAUUCCCUGAGUUGUACAAUCUUCCAGAGGAUUCGGAGAGAUAUUACAAAAACCAUGAAUUCAAAAUCGCUCAAGAUUGCCAAAAUCGUUAUUUGCAGAUCUUUAAAGAUGUGGAAACGUUAAUUGAUCACACUCGAGUCAUUGAUAAGUUGAAUGAUCAAGAUCCAACUCGGAAUGCAACAAGUCGUUUGAGAAAUUUAGUUCCUUCUUUGGGGAGGUUUUUCACUCGAUUACCCUUGGCUGAAGCGUUUUUAGUAGAGGAUAAAAGAAGGGCCAUAAGUAAGAGGAGAUUAGUCAGCCCUUCCUUUAAUGAUGUGCGUAUGAUUUUGAAUACAGCACAGAUCAUGGCAUUGACCAAUAUAAACCACAACAAAACCGAUAGUCACAUCAAGUUGAUUACAUUUGAUGGAGAUGUUACGUUGUACGAAGAUGGACAGUCUUUGGAUGAGUCAAGUGCCGUGGUUAAACGGUUGGUGACAUUGCUACAAUUGGAUUUAUUUGUUGGUGUUGUUACCGCCGCUGGAUAUCCAUCACAAGCUGGUGCUGACAAAUACUACGAACGUUUGAAGGGUUUGAUUAAUUAUUUGAACCAUAAUGAUUGUAUAUUGACACCACAUCAACGAGAAAACUUACUUGUUAUGGGAGCAGAAUCAAACUAUUUGUUCCGAUACAAUAACGAAAUGAAAGGGUUGAAAUUCAUUGACAGUGAUGACUGGUUAUUACCAGAAGUCAAGAAUUGGGAUAUUAACAAAAUCGAUUACAUAAUGCACACCAUUCACGAUCAUUUACAACAUCUUCGUAUGAAGUUUAACCUUGAAAGUACAACUUCAAUAAUUAAAAAGGAACGAUCAGUGGGUAUCAUCCCAAAUGCUGGAUGCAAGAUUUUACGUGAGCAGUUGGAGGAAAUGGUUCUUUCUUGCUCGAAUAAGUUGAGCAUUAUUUUACAAACUAUUUCAAAGACCAAGUCAGAUCUCGCAGAACUGACAGAGGUUAAAGUAGCACCCGAUAAAUCGCCAAGAUCACUUGCUUUGAGCGAAAUCAAAGUGUGCGCAUUCAAUGGAGGUAGUGAUGUUUGGGUCGAUAUUGGUGAUAAGGCACUUGGUGUAGAAUCGUUGCAGAAAUAUAUUUGUCAGCUGGGUGACUUGGAUGUAUGCCCCAUCACGAAAUCUGAGAGUUUGCACAUUGGUGAUCAAUUUGCGAGUUUGGGUGCUAAUGAUUUCAAAGCUAGAUUGAGUGCAUGUACUGUUUGGAUUGCGAAUCCAGCUGAAACAGUUGCAAUUUUGGAUGAUUUAAUUUCAUUUAUGAAGUAG